AUGUAUGGGUUACUCUUUGGUACAUUCUUUGCGAGUCUCUUCUUUCUCAUAUCAAAAUGGAUCUUCGACUACUUCAAAGACCCCAAGGGAUUGAGGAAAUAUCCUAAUAUGCACAUCCUCUCUGGAGUCACAAACAUCCCUUACAUGCUCCUAUCGGAGAAAGGCUUCAGAUCAAAGAAGCUCUUCGAGCUGCAUUCCUCUGGCAUGCCUGUCAUCAGAACUGGCCCCAACUCUCUGUCGUACGGUGAUACCAGAGCCAUCAAGGACAUCUAUGGCCACAACACCAAGUGCAGCAAGGAUGGAAACUAUGUUGUGACCGCAGGUACUCAUUACCACAUGGCCGAUGUCAUCGAUAAGAACGAACACCGGCGUAAGCGUAGAGUUCUCUCCUCGGCCUACGCCCUGAAAAAUCUGGAAGAGUGGGAAUUCAAAGUCGCCGACAAGACCGUUCGCCUCAUCAACCAGAUAGACAAACGCUGUAGCGACUACGGACACGACGAAGUUGUUGACUACAAACCCUGGCUUAACUACUUCACCCUCGACGCCAUCGCCGAUAUUGGAUUGAGCCAUCGCCUCGGCUUCCUCGAUCAAGCCAGCGAUCGCACGAAAUCCCUGCGACCUGACGGAACCACUUUCGAGUCCAACUAUCGCGAAUGUCUUUAUGCAAACUCACAAGCAAAUUCUGUCAUCGGCUACUGCUACGAUUAUUACAAGUCCUUGGUCAAGCUCAGUAAACUAUUCCCCCACUACAACCGCCUCUGGAAGCUCAAUGAGGGUUGGGAAGGCAUUGUCCUCAAUCUCACCACCGAACGACUGAAGCGCUAUCAAGCAGGGGAACAACUCGAAGACUUUUUUCAGGCGCUGAUGCAAGACAAGAACGGCGUAGCCAACAACCUCGAAUUCGGCGAAAUCGCUGCCGAAAUCUCAAUCAUGAUGAACGCCGGCUCCACAACAACUGCAAUCGCAAUGACAAAUGUCAUGUAUAUGCUGCUCAAAAACCCGAAGUGUAUGCUGAAACUCCGCGAAGAAGUCGACAAUGUGCUGGAUGAAGAUGAUAUCGUCGCGCCUUACAGAAAGGUCAAAUACCUUCCCUAUCUUCGUGCUUGUCUGGACGAAUCCAUGCGUAUCUUUCCGCCAACAUCUCAUGGACUGACUCGCGCUACUCCGCCCGAAGGCCUCAUCAUUGCUGGCGAAUUUGUCCCUGGUGAUACGACCGUUUCUAUCUCCGCAUUCGUUGCCCACCGCGACCCCACCAUCUUUCCAGAGCCCGAAAAAUACACACCGGAGCGUUGGUUAGGUGAUGCAGGCAAAGAGCUAGGCUCGUACUUCCUUGCCUUCUCAACUGGUGCUAGAGGAUGCAUUGGACGCAAUAUCUCUUACCUAGAGCAGACGGUUGUGUUGGCUAGUAUGUUGCACAGAUAUGAGUUCGAGCUUGCGGAUUCAAACUUUGAGCCUGAGAGGCACGAGUUUAUGAACCUGCAUCCUUCGGCGCUGCCGGUGAGAUUCAAGAGGAGGAACAACGAAGUUGUGGCGGAGAAGCCAUCUCCUGCGGCCACGUCUAGAGCCGUCUAG